AGGGGUUCAGAAAGUGUCUCUGUGUGUGUGUGUGUGUUGGGAGGUGGAGGGUGUUUCAGUGUGUGGUUGUGAAACAGUGGCAGAGAGUUUGUUAAGCGGAUUGGGGAGUCAGCAGGAAGAGCCUGUGAUAGGGAGCAUGCAUCCAUCACCAGAGAUGAACAAGAGCCUGUUUAUAAACACUCCAUACUGGGAAUUUCUUAAUGAGAUGAUUCCAGUUUCUUCUAGCAGAGGAGGGGGGUCCUUUGUGACUUAAAGGUUGCCAGUUCAAAUCCCUAGUGCAACCACAGAGCCCCAUACUGGGAUUUUGUUUGGUAGAUCUGGUUUAUUUAUCAUUUCCCAUCACUGACAAACAUGGCGACGCACAUUACCUUCACAUGCUAUUAUUCCCCAGCUGUGUUUUUCAUGUUUCCCCCAAUUCAUUCCCUUAAAAAGGUCAAUGAAUCAUCUCUUCUCCUCACUGACAGAUUUUUGUCCUGCAACAGAACAUUUACAGGAAAAGAAGAUCUUUGGUCCAGGUCCCACAUGUGCUGCAAAAACACACAUGAUGAGCAACUGUCUCAUCUGAAAGGUUCUGUUUACUUUGUGUGUGUGUGUCUAUAUUUGAGUGUGUGUGUGUGUGAGAGAGAGAGACAGAUUGGAGGCUGGGCUGCAGUCAACAUUACAAAAAGUGAGAGUUGGACAAAGCGAGAGGACGUUGGGACGCUCCACACAGCGGGAAGGUCUCAUCAGCGGAUUCCCAUAUUACGAGCUGAAGAGAGGAUCUUCUGUCCAGAUGAGAGAGUGGACUGAGUUGGAGAUGAGCUUUUCAUCAGGGGGGUUUCUCUCCGCCUCGGAUGGUUACUGUUCCACCGAGCAGCUCCAGUACUACGACAUGCUGACUGACCCCCUGGGCUACCCCCUGCAAGACCCUGACCUCCAGCUGCUCCCUUACAACCAGCAGCAGUACAGCCCCACCAACCUUCCCUUCUCCCUCUACGGCUCUCCGCCCUCCUCCACCCCCUCUCCGUCCUCCUCCUCUUCCUCCUCGCAGCUCUGCCAUCCCCCGUACCACUACAGCUCUCACUGCCUGGAGGCCCCCUGUGAUCCCAGCUCUGAGCUGCACUGCGGAGGCCUGGCUCAGGGGCUCGGAGCGGUGGGACUGCCUCUGGGGCGGAGGUCGCGGGUGGGGUCAGGAGGGAAGGGCAGGGGUCAGGAUGAGCUGUGUGUGGUGUGUGGAGAUAAAGCAUCGGGGUAUCACUACAACGCUCUUACCUGUGAGGGAUGCAAAGGUUUCUUCAGGCGUAGUGUGACUAAAAAGGCGGUGUAUCACUGUAAGAGUGGCGGUGGCUGUGAGAUGGACAUGUACAUGAGGAGGAAGUGCCAAGACUGCCGGCUGAGGAAAUGCCGUGCUGUGGGAAUGCUGGCUGAGUGCCUUCUGACGGAGGUGCAGUGCCAAUCCAAGCGACUGAGGAAAGGAGGUAAAGGCAGAGGGCAAGAUGAGGAGGAGAACACAGACAGCAGGAGGGUCAGCUCCACCAGUAGACUACCUGGGCAGGCUUUAUCUGCCAGUUUAACCCGAGAACAGAAGCACAUAGUGGACACGAUGGUGGAGGCCCAUAGACUGUACAGAGCACAGAACGGCAGCCACAGCAGGUUGUUUGAGUGGCCAUAUGCAGAAGAAGGAGAGGGUCUGUCUGAUGUUGUAUCACCUCACCUGCAGAGACUGCUGCAGUUUGCCAGGACAGUGCCAGGUUUUGACCUCCUGGAUUUUUCAGACCAGAGCUCUCUCUUGUCUGUGUCUUCACUGGAGGUCAUGUUUUUGCUCUCUGCUCAGCAGUUCUCCAGUAACCCAAUGAGCCCCAGUCCAGCACUGCAGGUUUUCAGCACGUCAACACACAACUGGCUAAGGAAUGUGGAGUCAAAGGAAAACAUCCACAGCAGGGCGUUGGUCAAUUCAGGAAGCAGUGAGGAUCUCCUCGGGCCAGUGCUCACCUUCUUCCACAGCAUGAAAACUCUGCGGGUGACAGAGGCUGAGUACAGCCUGCUCACUGCCACAGCUCUGCUCUGCUCAGACCGGGCGUCCCUACAGGCAGCCAGCUGUGUCGAGAAAAUGCAGGAGCUGAUCCUGGACCUGUUGUCCAGGGUGUGUGGAACCCAGGCCGGAGCUGCGCGAGGUGGACCGCAGCGGUUUGGCCGCCUGCUAGGCAGACUGACGGAGCUCCGAACCCUAACUCACAAUUACCUCCUCCUGACAAGACAGCCUGGACCCUGACGGAGAGGAGGAGGAGGAAGAUGAAGAAGAAUAUCACCACUGUCACCUCUGGGGAGUUUCAUGUAUUAAGUUCAGUUUAAGGACUAAAUGGUCAUGUAUGAGCUGAGAUGUGGUACAGACACUGUUAGUUUGAUGUUUUCACCUGAUAUUGAUCUAAGGUGUUGGAUCAGCAAAGUAUGGUGGCCCUGAAGAUCAAAGCACAACAACGUGUUAUGUUUUCUGAAAUCAUCCACCAUUUUCUUAGCUGACGUCAGUCCUGCCGUCAUUAUUGCAUUUUAGCUCCUAGUGGGACUGAAAUGUGCUUGUGGACUGAUUUAAUUUGUUUGAGCAAAUAAAUGUUUUUAUGUCUUUUUAUAACUUGUUUAUAGCCAACAUGUACAUUUACACUAAGCUGAGUACUGCCGAAAUUAAACAAAAAUGCAGACUGUG